AUGCAAGAAGCAACAACUUCAUUAUUUCAACAUGGUGGCACAUUAGAAUCAGCUGUAUCCAGUCGUAUUGUAGCACAACAACUAGCAAGUGAAUUAAAUCGAAAAUUAAAUUAUCAAAAAUCCGAGGAAGAAAUACAAGUAACUGGAAAUGCAUCGAAAAUGUUUGAAGAAGAAUUAGAAAUAAAUGAUUUUCCACAAAAUGCUCGAUCGAAAGUUAUAAGCAAAAUUGAUGUACAAAUUCAAUCGUUAUUUAAUAACAGUAAAAAAUAUAUGAAAGCUAAAGGUAAUGCAUUAAUUAAUCCAAAUGCAGAAACUAGUGGUUCAACAUCUGUAAAUAAUGCAGCAUCGAAAUUAGAAUUAGCUACGAAAGUAGCAGCUAGGCUUACAUUGAACAAAUAUGAAACUCGAGAUUAUAUGCAAGAAGCAACAACUUCAUUAUUUCAACAUGAUAGCACAUUAAAAUCAGCUGUAUCCAGUCGUAUUGUAGCACAACAACUAGCAAGUGAAUUAAAUCGAAAAUUAAAUUAUCAAAAGUCCGAGGAAGAAAUACAAGUAACUGGAAAUGCAUCGAAAAUGUUUGAAGAAGAAUUAGAAAUAAAUGAUUUUCCACAAAAUGCUCGAUCGAAAAACAUUUUUUUUUGUCUUUCAAAAUAUGAAACAUUAUUGCAUAUAUGUGAAUGUGCCAAUGUUGAUAUACUUGUACGUGGUCAAUAUUAUCCAAAUAAUAAAGAUGACAAACAGGGUAAUAUAAAACUUUAUUUACAAAUUAAAUCAUUAAUUGAACGUGAUCUUCAAUUGGCUAAAGAAGAAGUUGCUCGAAUAAUUAAGGAAGAAAUGAUGAAAAUGCAAAAUCCAGCUCUACAACUUGGUAAUUGUGGUCGUUAUAAAGUUUUAUUUAAAUUAUUCCUUUUUUUCUAUAUCUUGUAA